GUUCAUUAAAGAAACCUGCUGUAUCGCGACUCACUAAUUAUUUGAUAUUUACCAUUUGUUAAUAUUCAAAUCGUCUUAAUUUUAUUUCAUUAAUUAAUUAAAUUUAUCUACAUAUUCAAAUAGAGUAGAACGCGAUUGUUUAAAUUUUAUUUUGUAAAAAAUCACGAUGGUGCGAGGAUAUCAAACAAUGGGGGGAGAGUCGAGUUCAUCGAGUUUACUUGUGACAGAAAGAACACCACUACGGAGCGUUCAAAGUCGAAGAAUGGUUGAAAAAAGCAUCGGAAUAUCCCAGCAAACGCUAGUGUCGGCAUCAAGUGAGAAUGAAAAUGGUGGGCGUAAAUUAACACAAUACAUUGCUGGGUUAGCAGCAACUCUUGGUGCGCUUGCAGCAGGUAUGGUAUUGGGUUGGACAUCACCCGCGGGAAAAGACGGAGUCAAUUUGGCCAAAGAAUACAACAUACCGAUGUCACCAACAGAAUUUUCAUGGAUCGGUUCGAUAUUCAAUUUAGGCGCCGCCACUAUUUGUGUGCCUAUCGGUAUUCUUACAGACAUAAUCGGCAGAAAACGCGCAAUGUUAAUAUUGGUUGUGCCAUUCACUAUCGGGUGGAUAUUGAUAAUAUGGUCUAAUUCCGUAGUAAUGUUUGAUAUUGGUCGGUAUAUUUUGGGCGUAAGCGGAGGCGCUUUUUGUGUAACUGCCCCAAUGUACACCGGUGAGAUUGCCGAAAGUUCUAUUCGCGGUAGUUUAGGAUCGUACUUUCAACUGAUGUUGACAGCUGGUAUUUUAAUAACAUAUAUAUUAGGUUCCGUGCUUUCGAUAUUCGCAUUAUCCUUGAUAUCGGCUGUUGUGCCUCUCAUAUUUUUCGGAGUAUUCUUCUUCAUGCCCGAAACACCGACGUAUUAUUUGAAGAAGGGACAGAUCAAUGAAGCCAGAGAAAGCUACAGAUGGUUACGGGGACCAGAUUAUAAUAUCGAGCCGGAAUUGGAAGCGCAGAAUGAAGCAUUGGCUGAAGCAAAUCGUAACCAAGUGUCAUUUUUGACAGCUGUCAGAUCAAAAGCUGCAGUAAAAGGGCUUUUUAUUGCAUUUGGUUUGAUGCUUUUCCAGCAACUGAGUGGCGUUAAUGCCAUAAUAUUUUACUCUGGUUCGAUAUUCGAAACUGCCGGCAGUACGAUGAAUUCAGAUGUUGCAACGAUCGUUGUUGGAAGCAUGCAAGUUAUUGCUGUAUUUGUCAGCACACUUAUUGUUGAUCGUCUUGGUAGACGGCUGCUGUUAUUAAUUUCAAGUGUUGCCAUGUGUUUAACGACACUUAUACUCGGCGUAUAUUUCUACAUGAAGAUAAACAAAGUCAAUGGGGUUGACUCUAUCGGGUGGCUGCCACUGGUUGCAAUUUGCACAUUUAUUAUACUGUUUUCGCUUGGAUUUGGGCCAAUUCCGUGGAUGAUGAUGGGCGAAAUAUUCGAUUCCCAAGUUAAGAGUAUCGCUGGCAGCAGCGCCUGUUUAUUCAAUUGGCUUAUGGCUUUUAUUGUCACUAAAUUUUUCAGCGACAUACAAGACGCUUUGGGUACUGAUAUGACAUUUUGGAUAUUUUCAAUUAUUUGCGCAGUUGCUGUUGCUUUUGUAUUCUUUAUUGUACCCGAAACUAAAGGGAAAACGCUUGAACAAAUUCAAAUUGAAUUAGGAGGCGGUAAUCCAACUCCUGGUGGUUUUCAUGGCAAUAAAUCAUAGUUUUAACACGAGCGUUCUUUUUUGUGAUUAUAAAAGUGAGCGGCUUUUUAGAUUUUUCUUAAUAAAAUAAGUUUUAGUCCCAUUUCUAUACAAUAUCAUAAAAUUUUUUAUGGAUUUCUCUGUUUGAAAAUCCAACAGAUUCUUAGACAAGGAAAGAUUUUAGAUAAUUUUCAAAAUCAAUAUACAAACUCAAAUUUUACGCGAUAAUUUAAAAAAAUUUAUUUAAAAAUUAACAGAAAGAGCAUUUAAAUAUGUAUGCAUUUUUUAAAUAUCUAUUUAUGACUUAAUUAAAUAUAGAUUUUAAUAAAUUUCAACGAUUAGUCUAUCAAUUUCAGAUCAAGUUUAUAAUAUAAAAUAAAAUAAAAAAAUCCACUAAGGAGGAUCUAUAGUCAUUUUUUCCCAAGUUUUUCUCUGAAACAAAUCCUCUAAGUGAAAAAUUAAGAACGAGGCUCGAUGCAUUACUCAGUAAUCUAGCGAUCUACAUUUUCAUUUUCCGAAAAUUUUCAUUUAAUUAAGAGAAAGUCGCGGACAAAGUUUCCAUUUACUGCGCUAGUGCAAAAAGGACAGUAUCGUUCGCCGAUUUGAGUGUGAAAGAGAAAAAAGAUGUACCUGAAUAUCAGAACAUUUUUCGCGCAAUAAAAAGAAAAAUCGGAAAGUAAAAAAUCUACUAGAUGACACGAUUUCUAGAAAAAAAAAAAUAUGCACAUGUAGAAAAUUAAAAAAACUAUAGGCGCAAUUUUUUCAAAUACUUUUUUUUUAUAAUUUUCCCGUUUUAAAAAAAGUCCAAAAAUUAUUAAACGUUGGCUAACUUCAAUAUCAGAAAUUUUUUGAUUUUCGUUACGCGAAGAGAAAGAGUUUUGAUCUUCAGGUACGUGAAAAAAAUUCAAAUCCCCCUUAAAAAUUUGUUUUUCAUCAAAAGCAGAAGCCACGCAAUAGAAUAAUAAUUGAUAUAAGAUUGUGAUGAUAAAUUUUUUGCUUUUAAUAUUUAUCUUUGUAUAAAAAAAUAAUUUUUUUAAUGCACGGAUAUGUAUUUGAAAAUAUUUGAAAUGUUUUAAUAAAACAUAAAAUUUUUCCUAGUUUUCUUUUAUAAGACUG